GGCUCUAAAGCCAAUCGGGGCGCGGCCGCACCAACGUGACGCGCCCGCCGGCCAAUCCGCGCGCGGCGGAGGGGGGGAGGCGGCUCUCCGGCUGAAGAAGAAAGGGAGACACGUCUGAAGGAGGUCAAAGCGGAGGCGGCCGGCCGGCGAACGAUGAGCAAACACCAAUAUUUUGUGUGGAGGAUUUGGAAAAAAAGCUGAGUGGGUGUUACUGGAAUUGCCCCGAACAGGAACCAGGAAGAAAUUCUCUAUUAUUUAUUUGCAAGUGACUCGCUGCGUUGCUGGAAGCACCGUCUUUCCAUUCCUUCAUCUCAAAGGCAUUCGCUGGUUCAACCUCUUCCUCGUGAGCCCGGAUGGCGCAUCCUGAGCACCACGCCCAUAUGGGCCACAUGGACCACAACGUGAGCGGCUCCGCAAGCCCCACUAUGGAUCCUCACGCCCACCAUCACCCCACCAAUGCCCCUGGACACAUGCAUGGUGGAAUGAUGGAUAUGACUUUUCACUUCAGCUAUCAAAACGUCCCUUUGCUGUUUUCUGGGCUCGUCAUCAAUACACCCGGAGAAAUGGCUGGAGCAUUUGUGGCUAUUUUCUUCCUGGCCAUGUUCUAUGAGGGCUUGAAGAUUGGCCGGGAAAGCCUCCUGCGGAAGUCACAAGUCAGUAUCCGUUACAACUCCAUGCCUCUCCCGGGACCCAACGGGACCAUUUUGAUGGAGACGCACAAAACUGUCGGCCAACAGAUGCUGAGCCUCCCUCACCUCUUCCAGACUCUCCUUCACAUCCUCCAGGUGGUGGUCAGCUACUUCCUGAUGCUCAUCUUCAUGACCUACAACGCUUACCUCUGCAUCGCCGUGGCUGCCGGCGCUGGCGCAGGCUACUUCUUCUUCAGCUGGAAAAAAGCCGUCGUGGUUGACAUCACGGAGCAUUGCCAUUAACGGUUCUCUUUGCUAUUCCCAACCUCCCCCUCCUCCCAUGCUCCCGUUUCAGCCCCUCCCCCAAAGGACCAGGUUUA